AAGUCCCUUUCUGCUUCCUGAGAUAAGAAUCACAGCAACCAUGAGAAGCUCUCUCACUAAAGGGUGGCCUAACCUUUUUAAACAACAGCACCCAAGUGCAGUUUCUUGCAGAUAUUUGUCGAGCAAUGAUCCACCAAGAAUGCCGCCCUGUGACUUUAUACCAGAAAAAUAUGAGUCUCUGCCCUAUGAACAUGUCUUGGAUGUCCGCAAGAAGAACUUGUCUCCUGCAUUGUCUACAUAUUACAAGAAACCUCUCCUGCUGCACCAGGGGCACAUGCAAUGGGUUUUCGAUCAUGAGGGGCGACGUUAUCUAGAUUUCUUUGGAGGAAUUGUGACUGUUAGUGUUGGACACUGUCACCCGAAAGUCACAGAGGCGGCUACGAAGCAGAUGAGCAGACUAUGGCACUCCACGAAUAUCUACCUACACUCCCCAAUCCACGAGUAUGCGGAGAAACUGACCAGUCUCCUGCCUGGGAAGCUGAAGGUGCUGUACCUGACAAACAGUGGCUCGGAAGCGAAUGACAUGGCCUUGUAUAUGGCAAGAGCAUACACUGGAAAUUAUGAUGUCAUUAGUUUAAGGAGCGGGUACCACGGCGCCAGUCCCUACACUCUGGGAGUGACAUCCCACUCCAGUUAUAAGCCUGGACUGGCCAAUGGUUUCGGUUGCCAUACGACCAUGUGUCCUGAUGUUUUUCGGGGUAUAUGGGGCGGAAGUCACUGCAGAGAUUCCCCCAUACAGACUACAAGGACAUGCUCAUGUUCCCCUGGUUCAUGUGACGCUAAAGAUAAAUACAUCGAACAGUUAAAGGAAACCCUGGAUACCGCUGCAGCAAAAAAGAUAGCUGCAUUUAUCGCUGAGCCUAUCAUGGGAGUGGGAGGAGUCGUUCAGUAUCCCAAAGGAUUUUUGAAAGAAACGUAUGAGAUUAUACGACAGAAAGGAGGGAUAUGUAUCGCCGAUGAGGUGCAGACUGGAUUUGGAAGAACAGGAAGCCAUUUUUGGGGCUUCCAGACACACGACGUCACACCGGAUAUAGUGACUAUGGCAAAGGGGAUUGGUAAUGGAUUUCCAAUGGCAGCAGUAGUAACAACAGAAGAGAUCGCCAGCUCUUUGGCUCCGGCUCUGACCUUCAAUACCUUUGGAGGGAACCCUGUUGCAAGUACAGUAGGCUCUGCAGUACUGGAUGCUAUCCGUGAGGAUGAUCUACAAAACAACUGUAAGGCAGUAGGGACCCACUUGCUGCUGGAGCUCGCUAAGCUUCGGGACAUGUAUGACAUUGUCGGAGAUGUUCGUGGGAAAGGGUUAAUGAUUGGGGUAGAGAUGGUAACGGACAAGGAAACGCGUCGGCCUCUCCCAAACGGAGAGCUGAACAUCAUCUGGGAAUACUGUAAAGACAAUGGGGUACUGCUUGGAAAAGGAGGACUGUAUAAUAAUACAUUCCGUCUCAAACCUCCAAUGUGUGUCACCAAAGAAGAUGCUGAUUUUGCUGUAGCUGUGUUCCAAGCAGCAAUAAACAAAUAUCUGGAGACAUCAACAUGAGGAAUGGCAGGAAAACUCGCUGUGAGACUUUAAUGAAUUUAUGGGGGAAAAAAGAGAAAAAACACCUAACAAAACUAUCUGAGGUGGCCUCGGUCGCUCUAAUUAAUUGUCUGGUUACUUGUGUUACAAAGAUUAAAUGUUAAUAGUGA